UUUGACGAAUAUAUUUCAAGUAAGAUGCAACCCGUUCCAGAAGAAUCACACUCCAUUACUCAGUUCUUGAAUGCCAUGUUUCAAACGGUGGCAAUCGAAGAUAUUGCAGCUACCACAGACCACAAAUCCACAACGGAUGGAGAUGAGUUAAUGGAGACACAAAAAUAUGCAUUAAAUUUUAAAAGGCCGACUGAAGAUUCCAACAAAUCUCAAUUACAUAAAUACUCCACAUUUCUGUGCAACAUAUGUAUAGAUCAUGUUCGAGGUGGGGUCAUCACAAUUUGCGGUCAUUUGUAUUGCUGGACGUGCUUGUGGCCGAAACUCUAUCAACACGGUAGACCACGAUGUCCGCGCUGUUUACGGCGUCUAAUUUUGCACGAGGACAUUAUAUCCUUUCUCAGCGAGGGACCUUAUGCCAGUCCCAACGAUGGUGUCGUCUUAGCCCAACCGGGGAAUGUGCCACGACCUACGGGAAUGCACUUGCAGAAUCUGCAGUAUCCAAGUUGGUUUCUCGUAAAUAUGUUACCGGAUUCCUUCGGAUACGAACGAAAUCUCUCAAUGAUAGUUAAGGCAAUGUACAAAGAAUUUCCACUUCUUAUGUGCUGGACAAAUUACUUGCAAUGGUUUGAAUUGUUUUGUGUAUUAUUUAUGGCUUUUCUUUGUCUUUACGCUUUGAUGAUAUUUUAAAUUGAUAGCUUGAUCAUCUGUAUUAUUAUAUACAUAAAAACUGC